AUGGCCUCUGCAACAACCUUCUACGACUUCAAGGCUCUCGACAAAAGAGGAAAAGAGGUGCCUCUCUCCGACUACAAGGGCAAGGUCGUCCUGGUCGUCAAUACCGCAUCCAAGUGCGGCUUCACCCCGCAGUACGCCGGCCUUGAGAAGCUGUGGAAGACCAUCCACGAGAAGCACCCAGAUGACUUUAUCAUCCUCGGCUUCCCCUGCAACCAGUUCGGCAACCAGGAGCCGGGUUCCAAUGACGACAUCCAACAGUUUUGCCAGAUCAACUACGGCGUCACAUUUCCCAUCAUGGCCAAGGUCGACGUCAACGGUGACAAUGCCGACCCGGUUUUCAAGUGGCUCAAAGCCGAGAGGCCUCGUCUGUGGGGAGCGUUCCCAACGGUACUGUGGAAUUUUGAGAAGUUCUUGAUUGGGAAGGAUGGCAAAGUGAAGGGUCGCUGGUUUCCGAGCAAAGCGCCGCAGUCUCUCGAGCCGAUAAUCCUAAAGGAGUUGGCCAAGUGA